GCGAUAGUGGGAGGGUGAAGAAAGAGGGUGUCGGACGGUUGCAACCUUAACACGAUUCUAUUUCUUUCGAUGCAUCAGGCCGUGUGCUGAAAAUGACGCAAUCGAAGCGGUGACCGCGAGACUGUUCUCGUCGCGAAGACGCGACACACGUAAAAUCGGUUCCGUCCUGUGUACGCCCGUUCAAAAGAAGAAGACGAAAGCCUAGGUGGGGUGAAACUAUCGUGGUGGAAGUCGACGAAGAGUAUCGUCGAACCGAGCAGAACCGUACGAACGUUCAUCGCGACCGCACCAGCGGAUCUCCUCCAUCUUGGUGCAUCAGUUAUUCCGUUAAUUUACGCGUGAUCGAGCAUUGUUCGACACCAGCAUCUACGUAAUUAUCAACGAACGAGCGAAUUUUCUUCGACCAAGAAGAAGACCAAGAACGAACCCCCAGAGGAAAAAUGGUUUACGAGAGUGACUUUUAUACGACCAGACGGCCCUAUUCGAGACCUCUUGUCUCGUCCUACAGCGUCACGUAUCAACCGAUCACUUUGCCCCUCUCCACGAUUCUUCAGUUGAGGGGCAUUCCUCAUAUACCGUACGUGGCUCACAAAAGGCUCGUGACCGUAAUCCACACACCGUACCAUACCGUGUACCAUGGCGGCAGCCUGAUACCGAUAAGAGUACACGCGCGAGUACGUCCAAGCGUCCUCGCGGCCGAGAUCAACAGGAUACGCAACCUGACCAGGCCUUCGACCGCUUCCUACACGGAACAAUAUCUCCAGUCGAAGCCUCACAUCUACUUCGACGACGAGGCGAAGGAAAUACGAGCAAGAGUGGACUCUCUUCUACGGCGGGUACACGUGUUCGUCCCACGAGCUGUGGCAAGCGAUUUCGUGGAAGAGAUAGUGCCAGAACGUAUGCGUAGCGGGGAUUACGUUCGUCGGUUGAUAUCCGGCAAGCACAACAUGAAGAAAGAUAUGGAGCCCAUCUCCUGGUACGAAGUACCCGAUCGAACCAACAUCGGUAAUCUGGCCUGCGUCAAGUACAUCGGUGGCAAGCCACAGUCUGUCAGAAAACCGUAUUUCAAGGUCGCCGAUUUACGUCCUUCGGAUAUCAAGAACGACGUCAAUUUUCUGAGCUACUAUAGGCAAAACCGCGAGGCGGCCGCUAACGCCUCGUCGGACGAGCCGAUGACGGAAAGAGAAUUACGAAAAGCGAGAGCGUUGCAACCAGAAUUGGACGAGUCACAGUUGAGAAAAGCGCACAAAGCACAGAAAGAAGAGGACUCGAAGCCGGAAAAACGUCGAGGAUCUAAACGGGGAAAAUCUGACGAUGAACGGAAACCAGAUACACCGAAAAAAGAGUUGGAACCUCCUCAAGAAGCUCCGAUGGAAACUGUAGCAGAAUCGCAGCCUGAGCCUGAGCCCGUGAAAGAACCCGAACCCGUGAAAGAACCGGAACCCGUGAAAGAACCCGAACCCGUCAAAGAACCUGAACCCGCGAAAGAGUCUAAACCCGCUAAAAAAUCGAAACCUGCGAAGGUAUCUAAGCCAGAACCGGAACCUGUGAAGGAACCCGAACCUGAACCUGUUAAAGAACCUGAACCCGAGCCUAUCAAAGAACCCGAACCACAACCUGAGCCGGAACCAGAACCAACGAAAGAACCGGAACCUGAACCGGUGAAAGAACCCGAGGCAGUCGCAGAAACUGCACAAGCACCGGUACAAGAAUCGCAGCCAGAGGCAGUAGAAGAAUCAGUAGCUGAGACCAAGGCUACGCAAGAGAAUUUAGAAGGUCAGAACAAAGAAACUGUAAGUGAAAAGGAAGAAACAGGCGAAACGGAAGCAACGACCGACAAUGGUACGUUAUUUCGAAGGAAAAAUCGGAUAGCAACCGUGAAACAGGAGAAAGAAGAGGCGAUAAAGAGAAUAGAGAAGUAUCUCGUUAAAGCCGCCGAAGAAGCUAGGACCGACGAAGAGAGGAAAAAGGCUGCCGAGGAGGAGAGAGUUAGGCUAGAAAUGGAGGAGCGAAAGGCGUGGGAAGCUCUGCAAGCCGCGCAAGAACGAGCGCUACAUCUCGACGAGAUAGUCGAGCAAGAAAGGGCCGAGAGCGAGAGGCAAGCGGAAGAAGCUAAACUCGAAGCGAACCGGAUUGAAACCGAAAGAAUAUUGGAAGAAGAAAGAAAAUUAGAGGAAGCGAAAACUGAGGCCAUAUUGAAGGAACAGGAGAGAAUGAUCGUCGAAGAGCAUUUGGAGAAAGUCCGUCAACAGGAAGAAAAGGAGGAAAGGUUAGCGAACGUAGCGUUCGACGAUGCCGACGAAGUGAAAGAAGUCGAUCAUUCACGCGACGACGCGAUAACCUGCGACAUUACCGACCAAGACAGAGAAGAAAAACAGUACGAAUUGAUCACGGACGACGACACGAGGAUCGAGGAGGAAAAUGUACAGGAAGAGGAACAUUUCGAUAUGACGGAUCCUUUUGUCGAAGAACCAACAGGAGCCGAAAGUAAAGAGGAAACGGGCGGAAACGCCGUCGAGGAUGCGCCAAAAAUCGAGGAAGUGGUUUCCGGUGGAGAAGAAAGUUUCGAAUGGGGUGACGAAGAUGCUUAAUGCUUCUCAAUUUUUUCGUUUUUUUUCUAAUCGUUACUUGCUAUAAUUAUCGCGUCCUUGACUAUUAUCGUUGUUAAUUCUGUCGUAUCUCGUUAAGUCGCUCACAAGAGAAAGGUAAAUAUCGAUGAUACGGUUGAACGUCAUUCAGUCUGAAUCGCUUUAAUCUUGCCUCGAGAACUCUUCCGACGAUCCGUGUACCAUCAAAUUAGCUAUUUACUCUAUCGAUAUACGCGUCUUAUUUAGAAAUCAUUCAUUUUUUGCUAAUCACGCGUGGAAAUUUCAUCCGGUAAUUUGUGAAGAUAUCAAGAGGCAAAGGGUUAAAUCUGUUUCUCUUCGACUUCGAGCGAUCUCUGUUUAAUCAUUAACGCGUAUUUAUGUGGAAGAUUUGUCGUCGAUAAGAGGCAACCUGUUGAUCGAGACUGAACAUCGAUUUUCAUCGGUCUGCCAGUAAAUUUGUUGAACUUUUCAUUGAAAAGAUCUUUAACGCGUCGAUCGCAGCAACGGUUACUUUUAACUGAUCUUAUAAACUUGUUUCGGCAGAAACAACGAAGUAUUAAAUGUCACUGAAAUUAAUAACGAUAACGAUAACUGUGCGUUGCAAGUGAGCAGUUGACGCGUUAAAAUAAAUGUUAAGCGGAUAUUCCUGUCCAAACUUUAUACGUGUUACGGAAUUUGGAGCUUUCUUGAACAAAUUUUUUAUUUUACAAGAGUUUUAUAGACUUCUAACAAAUUAGAGAAAGGUGUAGAAGGUUUUAAGCUGCUCAUUGCUGCUCGCAGUUAAAUCAGCAACAAAACGUGAAAGUUUGGUACGGGAUAUCCUUUAAUUCGCAAAAUCGUGUUCUUGAUUUGUUUCCUAUGGCGAGACAACGCAAGCUCGAAGAAUAAAAGACAGUUUAUCUUUAGGAGAGGACAGGUUGCUUAGCGAAUGUUCAUUAGAACAUUGUAGACGUUGUUGUUAUUUAUUCCGUGUAACUUAUUCCGUUGCACAUCGGUUCCAUUAUAAAUACUUAAUCGAUUCUCGAGAAUGCUUUAUUUACUAUUACGUAGCAUAUAAUAAAUAAUACAAGCUAUAAUCGAACAAGGAAACGAACGCAUAAUGAAUUAUUCAUAUUACGAGGAUGGCGUUGGAAAUGGAAAAUCGAUUCUUGCCUUCUAAUCACAAAAUUGUAAAGCGAUGUAGCGUUCUCUCGCGAAUAAUAUAAAAAAGAAACUUGUGUUUUUUUCGUCUCUUUUGGCCAAACAGAAAAAAAAAAUAUGCACAACGAAGACGAUGCAUCUUGUUACAAUGUUCCUAUAUUCAAUUCGCAUUACGAUCAUAUUUGUAGCCUGCACUGUUUAUUCGCGUCAUGCCUAUUUUGUUUACACUUAUAUCAAUAAAUAUUAACAUUAUAUAUUUUAA